AUGAAGUUGAACAUCUCCUACCCUGCCAAUGGCAGCCAGAAGCUCAUCGACAUUGAGGAUGAGCGCAAGCUCCGCGUCUUCAUGGAGAAGCGCAUGGGCGCUGAGGUCCCCGGUGACUCCGUCGGCGACGAGUUCAAGGGCUACAUCUUCCGCAUCACCGGAGGCAACGACAAGCAGGGUUUCCCGAUGAAGCAGGGUGUCAUGCACCCUACCCGUGUCCGCCUCCUCCUCUCCGAGGGACACUCCUGCUACCGCCCCCGCCGCACCGGUGAGCGCAAGCGCAAGUCCGUCCGUGGCUGCAUUGUCGGCAUGGACCUCUCCGUCCUCGCCCUCUCCAUCGUCAAGCAGGGCGAGGCCGACAUCCCCGGCCUCACCGACGUCGUCCACCCCAAGCGCCUCGGCCCCAAGCGCGCCACCAAGAUCCGCAAGUUCUUCAGCCUCACCAAGGAUGACGAUGUCCGCAAGUACGUCAUCCGCCGCGAGGUCCAGCCCAAGGGCGAGGGCAAGAAGCCUUACACCAAGGCUCCCAAGAUCCAGAGACUCGUCACUCCCCAGCGUCUCCAGCACAAGCGCCACCGCAUUGCCCUCAAGCGCCGCCAGGCCGAGAAGGUCAAGGACGAGGCCAACGAAUACGCUCAGGUCCUCGCCAAGCGUGUUGCCGAGCGCAAGACCGAGAAGGCCGAGCUCCGCAAGCGCCGCGCCUCUUCCAUGCGCAAGUAA